AUGUCAACUGUUCUAAAGUAAGCAAGCAUUAUUAUUAAAAAAAAUGCUUUACUCAACAGAAGAUCCUACGAGUAUUUAAGGGAUAUCUUUCCUCCAUUAAUUUCAGCCAUAUUUAAUAUAGUAGCAAAAAACGCCAGCGCUUUGCAAUUCAUAGCUGCUUUAUAUCUACCAUUAUCCCUUUCUGGGUUUUUAAGAUCUUUUGUCUUCAAUUUUAUUAACGAAAAGUCUGAGAAAUACAAAGAAACUCAAAAAAUAAUGGGACUUAAAGAUAUUUCUUAUAACCUAGGUUGGUUGACAUUUAAUUUUGGCAAAGCUUUUCUCAUUGGAGUGAUUUAUUUAGUUCCAUGUUUAGCUGCUUAAUCAUUCUCUGAUAGCUCAUUAACAGUAGGAGAAAUUAUUUUGGCAUAUGCUUUAUUUAUUUGCGCAGCAUUAAGUUAAUGCUAUAUGUACACCACAUUCUUUUCUCAUCCAAAAUUACCAUCUGACUUAAUAACUCUGAUUCACUUGAUAGCUUCAGCUUUGCAAUAUGUUGCAGCCGUAGAUACUGUGCAAGAAAGUUAGAAUCUGUUAAACCUUUUAUCUCUAUUUCCAUAGACUUGUAUAAUUUUCAUCUUCCUAUCAGCUGGAUGGAACUCUAGUUAAUCAAGUCAUAGCUUUAGUUAUUCUAAAAUGGCAAAAAAUUAUAGCUAUAGUAAUGGAAUAAUGAUGCUAGUCAUAGAUACAAUUGUUUACUUCAUUUUGUAUUUAUACUUUGAUCAAGUUGUAAAAAAUGAAUAUGGAACUCAGAGGGAUGCUCUGUUCUUCAUAAAUUGGAUUUGGAAGAAAAAUCCUAAAAACAGCUCUUAAAUUUUUAGCUAAAACUAAAAAAAGAAUGAUGAAGAGAUGAAUGCUUCUUAAAAUGAGAUUGAUUUUUGCUCAGCAAAGUACAAAGAAGAGUUUUUGAAUGUUUAAAAUCUUUCUGUGAGUGUCAAAGUGAGAGAUUUAGUUAAAAAAUUUGGCGAUUUUACAGCUGUUGACCAUUUAUCGCUCACCUUAUACGAAAAGCAAAUUUUUUGCUUGUUAGGACACAAUGGAGCAGGAAAAACUACAACAAUAUCUUUAUUAACUGGGCUACUUUAAAAAAAUUAGGGUAAGAUAAUCAUGAAUGGCUUAGAUUUUGAUUAGAAUAAAGAUCAAAUUCGCUAAAAUAUUGGAUUAUGUUAGCAAAAGGAUGUUUUAUAUGAUAAUUUUACAAUAGAAGAACACCUUUAAUUCAUAGGAAGAAUCAAAGGAAAAGAUGGAGUUGAAUUAGAAAAUGAAAUAAAAUAUCUUAUUAAAAAAUGUUAACUUUCGAACGAAGUAGGAAAAACAGCUAAAAUUCUUAGUGGAGGAAAUAAAAGAAAGCUUUCAUUGGCAAUGGCACUUAUUGGAGGAUCAAAAAUUGUAUUUUUGGAUGAACCUUCAAGCGGUUUAGAUUUUAAUGCAAGAAAAGAAAUCAAACAAAUUCUACUUGAGUUAAAAAAAGAGUAAAGAACAAUCAUUUUGACUACUCACCAUUUGGAAGAGGCAGAAGAAUGCUCUGAUCGUAUUGCAAUUAUGGCUAAAGGAAAGCUUUUAACUCUUGGCACAAACGAGUUUAUCAAAAGAAAUUUCGGAGUAGGCUACCAUCUCACAAUAGCUAAAAAAUCUGAAAAUUAAAUAAACUCAUCUUAAAAAUCUUAAAUAGAUUUGAAAUAAAAUGAAGCACCAGAGAUUUCUAAAAAAGAAUAUCAAUUGUCAUCAGAAAAAUGCAAUUAAAUUAGAUAAAUCAUAAAUUAAAUCAUCCCAGAAGCAAAGUACAACCCUUAGAGUCAAGUUGGAAUAGUUAAAUUCACUCUCCCCUUUUCUUCUAAAUAGCAUUUUUCAAAUCUUUUUUCAACUUUAGAGAAAGAUAAUGAGCUCAAUCUCGAUCUAGAAGCAAAUACUCUUGAAGACGCUUUCAUUAACAUUGGUAUGGAUGAAAAUAAAUAUUUAAAUCCUUCUGAAAAUCAAACUUAGUUGGUUUAAGAAAAAUUCACAGAUUUCUCUAAUAUUGCUCUUCCUGAAUGCUUAAAAAAGGCUCCCAUUUUUGAUUUCUUAAACUAAACUUUUGGAUGUUUCUAAAGAAAGGUCUUUAUAACUAUGAGAUCAAUUUCUAUAGUUAUAAGCUUCUUUUUACCUCUUUUACUACAAUUAGUUGGAGUAUUUGUUGCUAAUUACGCUAUAACAGAGAGUACAGUUAAUAAUGAUAACACAAAUCCUGACCAAUAAAUAUCUGUUUAAUUCCUCUAAAUCAUCAUUUUCGGAAUUUUUGGCAUGAUCGCAUACAAUUUUGUUACAACCAGCUUUUGUGGAGUUCCUGUCAUGGAGAGAGAAUUAAAAUUAAGAUAUUCCCUUAAUGUUAUGGGAUGCAGAAGUUUACCCUACUGGUUGGGAACCUUCAUUUUUGAUUUUAUCUUUAUUUCAAUCAAUCUCUAUAUCUUCUUCAUAAUCUGUUUUAUAAUUGGAUUUAACGCAGUUACAGAUCAUUUUGGCGAAUUCUUUGGUUUAACCUAGCUUUUUAUCUUCGCAAUUAUUUGCUAAUCUUAUUUCCUUUCUUUCUUUUUUGAGAAAUCUUAAACAGCUUACAAGCUUGUUUUCUUUGUCAACUAUUUCCUCUUUUAUACAAUCCCAGCUCUUAUUGCUUCUCAGUCAAAAACCGCUUAGGGCUUCAUGGUACUUAUUUCUCCUUAUCUUUGCUAUAAUGUUGGAACUUAGUUAAUUUCUUCAGACACUCUACCUUUCAGCAAAGAAUAUAACGAUGCCAAUUACCCAUCUUGGUAAAAUCAAAUUUGGUAGUACGUUAUCAUCCUUCUAGGUUAAGGUAUUGUUUAUGCUUGGAUCGCAUUAAGAAUUGAACAAAGAACGGAAAAGUUUAAGGCUGAUCCUAAAAUCGAUUACAGUGAAUUUGAAAAUCAACCUACUCCUGCAGAAGUAGCUGCAGAAGAUCAUAGAGUCUCUAACAUGAAUUGUUAAGAUAAAAUAAAAGUAUCUCACCUCUAUAAGACUUAUAGGAUAGAUAAAAAGACACCUCCUUAUACUGCUAUUAAAAAUAACUCAUUUGGAGUCUAAAAUGGAGAAAUUUUAGGCUUAUUAGGACCUAAUGGAGCUGGUAAAUCAACAACCUUUAACAUUUUAACUUCUCUAAUCCCUAAGAGCUAAGGCAGUGUAAAACUCAAAAACAUUGAAGUCGAAAGCGGUUUAAUGGAGGUUUAUUAAGAUGUAGGAAUUUGCCCACAAUUCGAUAAUUUAUAUGAAAAUUUGACUGUAUUUGAACAUCUCCGCUUGUUUGGAAGAAUUAAAGGCUUAAAAGGAAACGAUCUGAAAGAAAGCAUAGAUUAUUUCUUGAAAGUAAUGCAAUUAGAAGAUUACAUAAAUAGAAAAGCUUCUUAAUUGAGUGGAGGUAAUAAAAGAAAACUAUGUGUUUCUAUGGCAUUGAUUGGAGGUCCAGACAUGUAAUUCUUUGAUGAACCAUCAUCAGGUGUCGAUCCAAUUGCAAGAAGAUUUUUAUGGAACACUCUCAGUCAAAGUCUAAAAUUAAGAAAUGGAGCUAUUGUUUUAACGACUCACAGCAUGGAUGAGGCUGAGUGCUUGUGCUCUAAAAUUGGUAUUCUUAUUAAUGGUAAGUUUAUCUGCUACGGUACUCCUUAAUUCCUGAAAGAAAAAUAUGGAGAAGGCUACAAAAUUACUUUUACAGCAUAAAAAACAGAAGUUGCCAAAUAAGAAGUACUAAAGCAAUUCCAAUAAGCCAAACUUCUAAAUGACCAGUCUGACAAUUAACAAAUUGCUCUUAUCUUACCUUACUAAAAUUUCUCUUUAAGCAAUACAUUUGAUUUCUUUGAAAAUAAUCUCUGCUUAAAGUAAGGCUUGAUAAGUGACUUUUAAAUCUCCUAAAGCUCACUUGCCUCAAUUUUCGUUUACUUCUCACAGUUCUAACAAAAUAAAUCAUAAUGA